AAGCAAAACACUUUACUUUUUCUUCUGUACACGUGUUGUCUAUUAAAAAGUGGGUCACAUGAUCUUCUCCUCUUCUUGUCUUUUCCAAACCACGUUGUCGCCAUCGAUCAGCAGUCUCCAUUUCUGCUUGAUGAGCCAGGUCAGGCUCUGAAAGAUGACGAAUAAGAAAAGGCAACAAAAAAAAAAGAGAAGCAGAAAGGUUUCUGCCUUGACUGAAAUGGGAAGGAGAGGGAGCGGGUCAGUCCAGAAAUUGUCCUGGAAAGGAGAGGAGCUUCUGUGUGAGAAAGAGCAGGGAGCAUAUCUGCUCUGUUUGCUUUGGACUGAUGGUUACCAUCUUCCUUCCCCCUGUUCCACCGAGGAGACAGGCUUCCCCUAUGAGCCGCACCAUCUUCUUUGAGGUGGAGGUUCUGGACGCCAAAACAAGGGAGCAGCUUUGUUUUUUAGAUAAGGUGGAGCCUCAUUCAACAAUAGGAGACAUAAAGAGCCUUUUUUACAAAUUGUAUCCUCGCUGGUAUCCAGCAAGACAGUCACUGACACUUGAUCCAAAGGGAAAAUUCCUCAGGGAUGAAGAAAUAUUGCAGAGUCUACCAGUGGGAACCACUGCCACCAUGUACUUUAAAGACCUGGGUCCUCAGUUAGGCUGGACUACAGUAUUUUUUGCAGAGAACAUUGGGCCCCUUCUCAUCUACCUCCUCUUCUACUUCCGAGUACCCUACAUUUACUCUGACAGAUGCGCAUUUACCUCCAGCCCCCACAAAGUUGUCACGAUGGCCUGUGUCUGUCAUACCUUCCACUAUUUGAAGAGGCUAAUUGAGACUAUCUUUGUGCAUCGUUUCUCCCACGGCUCCAUGCCUCUCAGGACUAUAGUCAAGAAUUGCUUGUAUUACUGGGGUUUCUCAGCAUGGUUGGCCUACUAUAUCAACCAUCCUCUUUAUACGCCUCCAUCAUAUGGAGAGGUUCAGGUCCAUUAUGCAAUGGUUAUAUUUGCGAUCUGUGAAAUGGGUAACUUUUCCAUUCACCUGAGUCUCAGUCACCUCAGAGGAGACAGAUCCAGAGGCAGAAGGUUUCCUGCGCCGUCUAAGAAUCCGUUCACCUGGCUGUUUUUUUUCGUGUCCUGUCCAAACCACACGUACGAGGUUGGGACUUGGGUGAGCUUCUCCAUCAUGACACAGUGCCUGCCAGUGGCAGUAUUCACGGUACUGGGCUUCAUUCAGAUGACCGUCUGGGCCAAAGGGAAGCACAGAGCCUACGUCAGAGAGUUUAAAGACUAUCCUGCUGUUCGAGUAGCCAUCAUCCCCCUGAUUCUCUGAUAGUGGGUGGAGCUUUGAACUUGUGCAGCAUGCAUUGACUGUAUAUGAGGACUGGACAGAGUGAGUGUGACAUCACACAUAGAAAUUGGCUUACUUCUGGCUCCAACAAAAUGAAGACAAGUCAGUUGCCCUUUUUUUCUUUACAAUACAGGAAUCGCCUUAUUGGAGCCAGAAAUCAUCAGUAGGGAGUGAUUGGUUCGAGUUGUGCUAAUUCACGUUUCUGUGGCAACCCUACCACAAACCUAUCAAACGUUGGACAUGGAGGACAGUGGUCGCCAUAUACUUUUAUUGAGACCAUUGAUUGGUCAGUUUAUAACUUGAAUAACUUACACUAGAAACCUCAACCCUUGUGCUAUCCUAGGCACUUUAACA